CAGAUUUACUCCCCUCAGUGUGCUCAGAAGAGAGCGAGAUAACUGUUUGCACAGCAGCCAGACUCUGAUAGAGGAACUAAGGACUUUGGACUUCUAAGACGCAUUUAUUUUUCAUCAAGCUGUAGCGCAGACUGAUAAAGAAAGCCUCGACGCGGAAAACGCAUAGACCAGUUGUGCAGUAAACAUCUCGCUAGCGGUCGGGAAGUGCGGCGGUCCUCUAUUUUAACCUUUUCCGAAAACAACUGGCUUCACAACUUUGUUCAGUUUGCGAACUUUAGAUUAGAUUAUUGGCAUUCUAGAUCGCUCUACCUCGUUUAUUUCGCUCGUCGUGAAUACCAUUUUACACCUGUAGAAAUGUCCAGCCUGCCUUCCGUCAAACCUGAGAAGGGCAGACCGGAAGUGGCGUUACCUGGGCAACAGGCGCCGCUCGAGCGUCCUCAGACCGUCUACGUCAUAUUAGACUCAGCCGAAUCUGUCAAUCUCAUCAGUGUCGAACCCCUUCUUCCUGAGUCUGGGAUUGUGGCGGACAUCGAAGUAGAAGGCGUCUUUUCCACGGAUUCUGACACUUUCUACGAGCUGAAGAGUCAACCGAUCACCUCAAGUGGCUCUGUGACCUCUGCUGACCCCGUGACCCCAGUCGGCUCCGCGAUGACGUCACGCGUGUUGAUGAGGCAGGAGCUGAUGCGACAGCAGGCUCAGGACCAGGAGAGACGGGAGGCCCAAAAACAGGCCUCCAGCGCUCAGCAGCGGCCCGCCGACGCGACCCCCGCCAUCUCCGUCGCGUCCGCCCUGCCGUCCACCCCGACCCAGGUGCCCGUGGAAGUGCUGAAGGUUCAGACUCACUUGGAAAACCCGACAAAGUACCACAUCCAGCAAGCCCAGAGGCAGCAAGUGAAGCAAUACCUCUCUCACACCCUCGGCAGUAAAAUAGCCAAUCAGGCUCUGGCUACAUCACCCUCGCCCCAGCCUGCCUCCGCCCCUGAGUUAACCCCAGCCGCCAGUAGCACUCCCAGCAGCCCGCUGGCUGUGCUCAGCCUGGGAUCAAACAAAGAAGAGAUCGAAGAUGUCAUCGAUGACAUCAUCAGCCUGGAAUCGAGUUUAAACGAUGAAUUUAUGACGCUGAUCGACUCGGGUUUACAGCUUCCCAACACGCUGCCAGUCUCAGGGAACCUCCUGGAUGUGUACAGCGGUCAGGGCAUGGCGGCGCCCAGCAUUACCGUCAGCAGCUCCUGCCCUGCAGACCUGCAAAACGUCAAGAGAGAGCUGUCCGAUGCAGAGGCGAAAGCUAUUAUGAAGGAGAGACAGAAAAAAGACAACCAUAACUUGAUCGAGAGGAGAAGAAGGUUCAACAUUAACGACCGCAUUAAGGAACUUGGAGCUCUCAUUCCAAAGUCCUCUGACCCCGAGAUGCGCUGGAACAAGGGCACCAUCCUAAAGGCGUCAGUCGACUACAUCCGUAAGCUACAGAAGGAGCAGCAGAGGGCCAAAGAGAUGGAGACGAGACAGAGGAAACUUGAACAUGCUAACCGUAGCUUGCUGCUGCGCAUUCAGGAGCUGGAAAUGCAAGCUCGUCUCCACGGCAUCUCAGCAGCUCAGAUCUCUGACUCCACGCUGACCCAGACCCAGAAUUUAACUCUGGAUCACAACCCCAGCAACGACCUCUCCAAGACCCUUCUGUCCCUAAACCAGACCACGCCCUCUUCGUUCUUAUCUCCGCCUUCUUCCACCUCGUCAGUGGGCGGGACCGUCACCAGCCCUCUGGACCUCGGGACGCUCAGCUUCGCCGAGCUGGACGACCCCACGGCCUCCGUCUUCAAUCCAGCCCUGAUGGCGGAUAUGGGGUUGGGGGAUAUUUUGAUGGAUGACAGCGGCGCUCUGUCGCCUGUAGGGGGCGCCGACCCCCUGCUUUCCUCGGUUUCCCCCGGAGCGUCCAAAACGAGCAGUCGUAGAAGUAGCUUCAGCAUGGAAGAAGACUCGUGACGUCUUCAAAUCGGACGAUAGUUUUACGUUGCGUUGCGAAUCCUGCUCGUGCGCUCCAUUGCCGGCCAGUAGAGGGCAGCGUUAUCCUAAAGUCUUUAGUAAUCGCCGUGCUGUAGAAGCCUGAGAUCCUCAAGACGUUUUUUUUCUAGAGGUGACACAAGUAUAGAAAGACUUCGGGAGCAGACGCUGACAUUUAGAGCCUCAUUUAUUAUCUGGACCUCUGAUAAAUAUAUAGAAGAAUAUAUGUACAUAGAGUAGAUUUAGUGCUAAACAUCUAUUUUGUGUUUUUAAUAUGCAGUUGUAUGAAAAGUAGCACUAUAAUAUUAACAUGUUGGGGGAAAAAGAACAUGCCUGAAUGGUAAAACAUAUGAUAACUUUUAGUUUCAGACCUCACUCGUAUUGUGGGCUCCAAAAGUAUGAGACUUUUGAACUGUAAAUAAAUUAAUUAAUCAUAAAUAUAUAUAUAUAUAUAUUAGAUUCUGCACUUAAAAAGAGUCAAACCAAAUUACUAAGGACUUUUAAAUUAUGCAAAUCAUAUACAAUAUCGUUUAAAAGUUUGCAGUCAGUAUGAUGUUGUGAAAAGAAAUUAAUACUUUUAUUCAGAAAUGACGCAUUAAAUUGAUCAAAAUUGACGGUGAAGACGUUUAUAUCAAAUAAAACUACUGUCAUCAAAGAAUAACGAAAGUAAUCACGGUUUACACAAAAAUAUUAACUUCAAUAUAAAGGAUUUUAAUAUGAAGCAUAUUAAGUGAUUUCUGUAGGGUCAUGUGACACUUAAGACUGGAGUAAUGUUGAAAUUUCAGCGUUGCAUGACAUGAAUAAAUUACCUUUUAAAAUGGAUUCAAAUAGAAAACACUUAUUUCAAAUUGUAAUAAUAUUUCACAAUAUUUACUGUACUUUGAUCAAAUAAACGCAACAAAUGGGUUAUUUUGCAAACAUGACAAAGAAAUCCUUACCAAACCCAAACGUUUGAACAAUAGUGUAAUUUCUAAUAAAUGUUACAUUACAUGAUAAAUGUCUCAGACGUUCGGAGCUGACAGUAUGUCAGUGUUUACAGUAGUUAGUAGCUCAUCGAGUACAAAAGGGACAGUUGUGUUUUGUUUCCCUUUUUUUUUUAAUGUGCGAGUGUGCAUCUGCUCAUUUGGUAAAAGGUGGCAGUGAACGCGUUCCUGAACCUGCUUUUAAUGUCCUCAGGAAAGAGCAACAGACAGAAAAGAGAACAUCCCGUUCAGCUCGGCUUUCAUUUCCUGCUGAGAUUUUUUUUGAGUCAAAUUACACCCAGCUUCACGCCGAGGGUCUGAAAGAUGCAUGUUUGAUUUAAAGGGAAGUCAAGAAACACACUCAAAAAUAGUGUAACGUAACUUUAACUAAUAAUUAACUUCGUUUAAGCUAUUCACGAUAUUCAAUUCAGUUUUAAACGACUUGCAGCCAAUUUGAUAGAUUUAGAAAAAAAUUGAAGACAGCAACUGACCUUAAGAUUUAAAGUAGGUGGACUUUUAAAAAGUAAGUUUAAUUGUGCCAUUGACCUGCAUUGCAUCUCGGCCGCUCUAACUGAUUUUUUUCCUCUGGUUAAGUCAUGUGCUGAUGUCAGAUAGUCUAUGCAAGUACUUUCAUAGUGAAGUAGCAGAGGUUUACGUGAGCAGAUGACAGUCAUGUUUCCUUUGACAUUCAAAGACCUUCCAGCUCCGGAUUAUUGUUCUUGUUCUCUGCCAGAGAGCAGCCAGUCGCAUUAAUGCAUCGUCAAACUGAAUUUCUUCCUGCGAACUUUUACGUCCCUUAUCAGGAUUAGUGUGACAUUCAGAAGUUUCCACAGACUCAUUCUGCUAUUGAUGGCUUUUAUAAACGCUUCUAGUCAAAUGGAAUCAGAAGAAAACCGUUUGGUUUUGUUUUUUAAGAAUCUUUUAAAUAUACUUCCGGAUUAUAAU